AGACUAAUUUAACGACUGUCAAUAAUAAACUAGGUCAAAGGCAGGGAAAAUGGCGACAGCCAAUAAUAACAAGAUAUAGAUAGAUGAUACAUUGUCAAACGUUUGGUUGUAAUUACAGGUGAUUGGAUCCAUUCAGUGAUGUAUGGAGGAAUAAUAAAACAGAAUGAUGAUAGUGAUGACUAGAAGAUUGGUUAUAAUGGAGAGCGCUGUGUUCAUUCUGUUGGGGAUUUUAAGCUCACCAAUAUUAGCUUUGGACACAUACUAUGAUCUGGAUCGUUUGUCUACGUGUAAUCGGGAAGUGACAGUUUUUGAUGAGCAAGUUGUUUUAAACGGUCGUUCAAACGCGGCACCAGCCAAUCCACCAACAGAAUGUACUAUAUAUAUAAAAUCUGGCUAUACGGAUGGUAAGAAUCGACUACAGGUCGACAUAGAAACAAUAGCUAUCGAGGAUUGUGCAGUAUUUGUUGACUUGUUCAGCGGAAAAGGUGCAUAUGGUAAUUCUCUUAAAAGAUUGGGAUGCAGCAGUAAAAAUAAAGAUUCAUUAUACUCUGAUAAUGAAUGGAUUACGGUUCAGUUUCGACGUCCUACUAUUUUAUAUCAGACAGCUUACGUCAUCAAAUUAACGGUGAAGACAUACGAGGACCCUGAUGUUCCUGGUAUCUUAUUGGGUGGUUCUACAUUACCACCUGGUGCUAUUAUAGGGAUUAUUGUUGGUUUGCUAGCCAUUCUCCUUCUAGCUGGUGUCCUAAUAUGGUGCUGGCGUUCUGGUCGACUGUCAGAUUAUGUUGGCUUUAUCCCUAAUGAUAAACAAGACGAGGAAUUAAAGAAAGAUGGCAAAAAAUCUUUAAAUGAUGGGGAAGAUAAUCACGCCAUUGAGAAAUCGGAUAAACUAGGAAACGGGGUCGGGGUUAUUAAAAAAACUGGAAUAGAUCAUCAGGAUCCUAAAGUAUGGAACACCAUAACUAGCGGAAAGUAUGAUCCAAAUGGUCCCCGUCGAACAGAUGGGCCUCAAUUCCUGGGCCGAUCUUCCUAUAGAGACGUUCGACCACGGAAAUUUGACGAUGAUUUAGAAAAUAGGGUGAUAAUUAAUAAUAAUGAAAAUAGUGACGCUUCAGCUUCUUGGCAGAAAGAACAGACUGAUUUAAAAAAAUUGUUGAACAAUGAGAUACGUCAAGGGCAGGGGUCAAGGGGCAGGGGUCAAAGUGCAAGAGGUGAAGGUGGCGAUAGUAAAGAAACAUUAAUUGAUGAUGUUUUUGAAAGUGAUGAUAAUAAAAAUAAAGACAAUAGACUUCUAUCUAAUGGAGGUGAUGAUGCUUAUGAAAACGUAGCAACUCCACACUAUUUAAAGAAAAAAGACAGUGGGAAUGAGUUCUUUAAGAGGGGGGAUCCUACUAGGGGUUCGUCAAGAAGGGGAGAGGAUGGUUCCCCUACAAGGGGAUCGUUACGAAGAGGUGACACAGGGAGAAGUAGUAAUAAAAGUACAGGAUCUCAUCACGAUGACAUGAAUAAAGCCAAGAAUCUGGCUGAUGAAGCUACUGCUGUAAAACUAAAAUCUUCUAAAUCUCAAUCAGGUCCUGGGGGCCCACCUUCUGAUUUUGAUUCCAGUAGUUUUAUGUCAGUACCAGAACCAGAAACUGUUACAGCAUCAGUUCAUGGACACUCAGGUCAUGGUGGUCCUGGUGGGCCAUCACAAAAACCUCCAGAUGACACAUCUGAUGAUUCAGAGUUGAACGAAAUCAAUUCUAGAGCGAAACCUGGUGAAUCAGAAAUGGUGCCCAAUCCCAACCUUCAACAGAAUCAAAAUAAAGAUGCCCACAAAUCACCAAAUUCGAAGAAAAGGAAGAAAAAGAAACCAAAACAAGAAGUUAAAGAUACACUCCCUCCUGAAGCUUUUGAACCUUUGUUUGACCGUCCAGUUUCAGAAGAACCCUAUCCUGCAGGGAUGCAACCUUUAAAUGCUGGGUACAAUCCAUAUGGUAUACCAGGAGGAAUGUAUCCCUUACAGGCAUAUGGAAUGCCAUAUGGUAUGAUGCCUGCCCCAGGAACAGUUCCACCAGGAACACAAACCUAUGCGUAUGCAUAUCAAACGAUGCCAGCACCUGGUGCACAUCCCAACAUGGCACCACAACAAAUGGCGGGGAAGGCUGCCUGGAUUGUUCAAGAAACACCAACUAAAAACGGUCCAGUCCAAAAAACAUCUUUUAUGAUGGCUACGCAAGAAUCACAACCACGAAGUCAUCACAAUCAGAGUUAUCCUCAUGGUAGUCCAGGUCAGCCAUACUCUUCCACUCCAUACGGAGAUACACCACAUGGUCGUGGCUCAGGUAGAAGAAAAUCUAAACCUCGAAAUCCUGGUGAUAGUAACAAUGCAUCUGUCGUCCCUGCUGGAGCUAUUCCCCCUGAUAAUGGUCAAGGUCACAGAACAGCCAUGAUGAAAUCAGGAGUUGACCCAGUUACUGGCAUCGAGACAAAUCAGGUUUUAUGGACAGAUACAACACGAGAUCCCAGUGAUCCACCACCUGGGGCGAAUCCACAGAUUACUCGUAAAACUGUCAUCAGAACGACAACAAGAUCAGGUUACGGUGAAUUACCAGAAACUGCAGAUGAAAUCACAGAUCAUUUAUAUUUGGAAAUCGAACCUCACGACCAGCCAUUUUUAUCACCAUCACAGAGUGGUCCUCACUCUAUCACGGCAAACUCUACACCAGAUCGUGAUAAUUUAUCGUAUUAUCUUGGUAGACAUGCAGGUUCUUCGCAACAGGUCAUACAUCCAGCACCAAGUCGUAAUAAAGCUAUACGUGAUAGUGUUUCUAUAGCUUAAGUCUUUUAUAGUUAUAAACCAGUGUCUCUAAACCUUAUUUAUAUAUCAAAUGGUUGUCUUCGGUAUUGCCCAUGUGCAGUGACUAGUUUGAUCAAGUGAACCAAUCAUUGUGUAAGAAGAUAGAGAAUGCUGCUCGAUUAAAUAGAAUCAGCAAAUUGUAACAAUCCUGUGUUUUAUUCAAUCUGAUUAAAACACAGAUCCUAUUUCGUUUCAUUUUUUUAUGGUUCAAAGUUUCGUUUUACUUGUCUUUACUACACUAGGAUCUGGAAGAGGAGUUUUAUUAUCGGCGUUCCGGUUGAAGUGAAGAUUUGUUAUCAUUGACAUGUUCUGGAUGAAGUGAGAGAUUAGCCAAUGAAACAGUCUGUUACGGCAAGCUUUUGGCCUGCUUAAAUAAUGAUAAGAGUUAUGCCCCUUUAUUUUCAGGGAAAAAAUGUCCGACAAGAAAAAUUUUGAAAUCUCAUCACUGCCGUUGACAUUUCUAGUUGUUUGCCCACAGUUCGCUUUAACAGACCGUUUCAUUGGCUAAUUCUUCACUUCAACCAGAACACCAUUGAUAAAACUCCUCUUCCAGAUCCUAGUGUAGUAAAGACAAUUAAGUAAAAUGAAAUUUUGAACUAUAAAAAAUGAAACGAAAUAGGAUCUGUGUUUUAAUGAGAUCGAUGAUUGUGUAAAUAAACAUAAUAAUUAUUGUAAUUUUAUUGUACAUUGUUCAUUAAUAACUUUAUGGUCAUUAUUUUACAUAUAAUUUUUACGCAUAGUGCUUUUUAUAAAAAUUCAAAUUAAAUUUUACAAAUCAUUUGUUUUAAUAUUUAUAUAUAGAUGGUAUAGUCCUCGUAUAACAGACGUAACCAACCGAUUUUGAGAAAAUAUUACACAAUGGUUCGAGUCUUGUGGAUCUUGAUCAAAGACCUGAAAUGUUUUGUAUUUUUUAAUUUUUGUUUAAUUCUGAAAACCAUAACAUGUUGUACUUCUGAUGUACGAGGACUGCACUAUCUUCAUUAUUAAUCUUUCAGUGUCAUUUAGUAACUGGAUAGAGCAAUAAACUAUGACACAUACAGUAGAACAAUCUGGAUGACAUUUCGAAGAGUAGGCCUAUCCUCUCAACAUUAUCAAUCUAUUAUGUUAAGAGAAUACUCUUCGAAACUUCGCCAAAAUAUAUUAGUAUCUGUUUUCCAUGAGUAUGUGUUUUUAUUAUCUUCAUUUUUGUAACAAAAUUUAUAUUCAUUAAAAAAAAACCAGAGAUAAAUGAUCUCAGUAACAAAUUAACCCUCUGUGGUGUAUGCCAUGGGUUCCACGUCGGCCAUAUUUUCCGGUCAAGACCUAGGGCUAUGGAAAAUGACCAUAACAAGAUCUGACCCAACGGUCAUUUUGCACGCCGGAAAGAGAGCCUUUUUUUCAAAACCCAAUUUUCGAACAUGGCUACGAUCGACCUCCACUGUGUAACACUGUAUAUACUGUAUACCAAAUCAGAGUAAAACAGUAGGUCGUUAAAUCCCAUUUCAUUUCGUUAAUUAAUUUAGACGGUCUCAAACUGCCUGAGAUAUAUAAUAAUAAUAAUAAUAAUUGAUUUAUAUAGUGCCAACAAUUCAACUCAGUGAGCUGCUCUCAGGCGCUUUACAUAAGUACAACUAAUAUAAAAUUACAAUAACCACAACACAUUAGUCCAUAAAAAAGACAUAAACAAAAAACGGAGAAUAGCUAUACAUGUUGUUAGACCAUAAUAUUCUAGUUUUUGAGGGUUCCGCAGCUAUUCACCUGCCUUAGGCAUUCUAAAUAACACUAUAAAGGGUUAAUUUCACCUCAUGCAUCUAUUAAAUUCAGGUAUUAAUUCAUGAGUAGGAUCAUUUGUAAAAGUUUCCAUCUCAACUGUUAAAGAUGCAUUAUGUAAGAGCUAAAUCUACCUAUUUCAGGUCUUUAUUUUGCCUUCAAAUGUUAUAUAAACUAUUAUUUAGAGAUUUAUGAACAUGACCAGCCCAUAAUCAACUCUCUAGACCAUCGGAUGGCAGAGAUGUUAAUGGAUUAGAACAUCUGCGAGAUUUAAAAAUUGAACGAUGAAAGUACUAAUGGGGUUGCUACGAUAAUAAACGAUAAUGAACGAUCUACGCUAUAUCUUCAAACAGUCAUAACUUUGCUCAGAAUAAAGUAUUUGAAUGAAAAUUUCAAUAUAUUCUUUUUUCAUUAUCGAUUUUUGAACUAUUAUAGCAACAAUGUCCAGCUCCUUGUCUAAAUCUUACAUAAUGCAUCCUUAUAUCCCUUGUCUAGAGAAUCCCCGGUUGUACGUGGCAAGGAGUAGGGUCGCCUGUCCAACCUCGUGGGUUUUCUCCGGGUCCUCCGGUUUCCUCCCACUGCUAAAGACCCCUACGCGCAAGCGAAUGAUUGAAAUAAAAUUGAACCAUGUGUUAGUCCCGAAAUGACCUAGUUUGUGUCGAGUGGACGUUAAACCCCAUUUCUCUCUCUCUCUCUUUCCCCAUGUCAGUUCAACAGGAUUGAGGAUUCGGCAGGGAAGAGCAUAUAGUUGUUUGGAUGGGAUGACAAACAGAGGUCAUGUGUAUACCAUUGGCAUUUGGCAGAACAUUAUGGAUCAUUAUGUAAAUAAAAUUAAACCAUAUGUUAGUCCCGAAAUGACCUAGUUUGUGUCGAGUGGACGUUAAACCCCAUUUCUCUCUCUCUCUCUCCCUUGUCUAGAAUAAUUAUAUAUUAUAUUUCAUAUCAUCUUUUAUGAAAUAUUAAAUAAAUAGAAAGAAAAAGUUAAAUAAAGUUAAUCAUUGAAUAAUUCCAA